AUGUACAGCGGAAGUAGAAAACACCAGCACGAGCACAAGCAACGAACGGAGGAGGAUGAGGAGGAGGAGGAGGAGGAGGAGGAGGAGGAGGAGGAGGAGGAGGAGGAGGAGGAGGAGGAGGAGGAGGUGGUGGAGAAGGAGGAGGAGGAGGAGGAGGAGGAGGAGCAGGAGGAGCAAGAGGAGGAGGAGGAGGAGGAGGAGGAGGAGGAGGAGGAGGAGGAGGAGGAGGAGGAGGAGGAGGAGGAGGAGGAGAACGAGGAGGAGAAUUUCAAGGAGGAGCAGGACGAGGAGGAGAAGGAAGGGGACGAGGAGGAGCAAGACGAGGAGGAAGAGGACGAGGAGAACGAUGAGGAACCCAUAUACCUCGCUCAUUGCACCAAGUCCCUCAUUCCAACAGGUUCAUCCUGCCUCUCCUACCUUUCCUUCCUCUCAAUCUCUCCUUCCCUUCUGUCCCGUUCUUCCUCUUCCCACCCCUCUUUCUUCCCCUCAACAAAUGACGAUGAGGAGGACGAGUUCCCGUUCGUCCCCACCCUCAAUCAUAGCUUCGUUCUCCUUGGCACUCCUUGCCUUGUUCCCACCUCUCCUCCACAACCCUCUUCCUCCCAUCACUUCCUCUCUUCUCCGAAUCCCUUCUCUUCCUCCCCUCCAGGUGACGAGGAGAACGAGUUUGGGCUCAACCAGAGGGCGGGCGCUGCUGAUGUGGCGCUGGCAAUCAUUGCGCAGGCGCAUGCUUCCUGGCAGCUUCUCACCGAGGACAGCCCGCCGUGUCUCUCCCCCUGGAGCCCCAUCAACCUCGUGCUCUCCGCGCCCAAGUCCCCCCUCUCUCCCCUUCCCCCAACCAGCACCGUCCCCCGGUUUUCCGGGACUCUGGAUAUUGACGACGCCGCUGACGUGGAUCUGCGCAGCAGCAGCGGCGGGGAAGGGCGGGGAGGGGGAAGCGCUGGAGACACGUUAAGCUGGCUGGUGCCAGCAUUCCUCGCCGCAUCGCUGCUCACUGCCUUCCUCCUGCUGCUGCUCAUCGUUAGCCUCUCUGCCUCCGCCAAGGCAAAUCUGCAGGCCAACAGCGUCAACAGCGUCUUCUUCUGUGCCUUCCAUGUCAGUCAGCUGCCCUUCUUGCCAGUCAGCUGCCCUUCUUGCCAGUCAGCUGCCCUUCUUGCCAGUCAGCUGCCCUUCUUGCCAGUCAGCUGCCCUUCUUGCCAGUCAGCUGCCCUUCUUGCCAGUCAGCUGCCCUUCUUGCCAGUCAGCUGCCCUUCUUGCCAGUCAGCUGCCCUUCUUGCCAGUCAGCUGCCCUUCUUGCCAGCUAUGUCGACGUUUUCCAACACAGGGGCGGCACUGCUGAACGAUAACCUAAUGGGGUUCGUGAGGGCGCCAGCUCUGGUCAUCGUCACGUCGGUCUUCAUUCUCAUUGGCAAUACCAUCAUGUACCCGCCCACGCUGCGAGCCCUCCUGCUUCUGCUCCGGCACUUCUCACGAGGAGAGAAAAGGUUCGUCUACUCCUACCUUCUCGUGCACCCACGCAAGUGCUACACGCACCUCUUCCCACCGCGCUCCACCGUGAUGCUCGUGCUAACAGUGCUCGCGUUCAAUCUCACGGAGUUUGUCUUCUUCUGUGCCACUGACUGGACCUCGCCUGCCAUUGACGGCUUCACCAGUGAGUUGCAGGUGGAUAUUGGCUGGAUAUUUCCAAUCUGCGGGACCAAGGUACUGGCAGGAUAUUUCCAAUCUGUGAGCACACGCAACGCGGGAUUCAACGUAAUUGCCAUCGGCCUCCUGCGCCCCCCCAUGCUGCUGCUAUACCUGGGCAUGAUGUACGUGGCUGUGUAUCCUCUGUACCUGACGAGGCAGACAUCGAGGGAGCAGAGGGAGGUGUAUGAUGACGAGGAUAUUGGGGUGUUCUGGGAAGACCUGCAGGCAGGUUCUUCAAGGGAGCAGAGAGAGGUGUAUGACGACGAGGACAUUGGGGUGUUCUGGCAAGAUCUGCAGGGGGGGGUGUUGGACCACGGGGUGUUCACCCAGGGCAGAGGGCUGCUCCUGCGCGAUUCAGCGAUGCUCUUCAUGGCUCUGCUGGUGAUCUGCCUCAUAGAGAGCGCCAACAUCACCAACGACAUCUCCAACUUCAACAUCUUUAACAUCGCCUUUGAGCUCAUCAGUGGAUACGGCAAUGUGGGUCUCUCCCUGGGCUACACCUGUCCACCUGAAGCUGGCCCCAGCUGUGUCUCCCCUCCUUACAGCUUCUCUGGCGUGUGGGGCCCUUGGUCGAAGCUGGUGCUCGUGCUCAUGAUGCCGCUCGGAGUUUUUCUCUCAGAUGACUCGGAACAAAGUGUGUGGAGCCCUUGGUCCAAGCUGGUUCUCGUGCUGGUAAUGCUGCUGGGCCGCCACAGAGGCCUGCCUGACAACAUCGACGCUGCCAUCUCCCUCACCAACCGCAACCAGUUCAUUCCUGAACCACCUGCACUGCCUGCCCCACCUUCUGCAUCUGCUGUAUCUGCCGUCCCUGUUGUCGCACCUUGCAUGCGUUCCACAUGUGCACCAAGGUGA